AGUGCAGGAAUGGGAAUCGAACCUCCAUCUCCAUAUGAAAUAAAGAACAAAUACUUGGAAAUGGAGUACAAAGAAAUGGAAGCUUAUGUGAACCAACAACGGGAAAAAUGGAAGACAUAUGGGUGCACAAUAAUGUCAGAUGGAUGGACAGGGCCCACGAAAUUAAGUAUUAUUAAUUUCAUGGUUUAUUCUAAAGGGACCACGGUGUUCCUUAAGUCAGUCGAUGCAUCGAACUAUAUCAAAGACCACAAGUAUAUAUAUGAGCUUUUGAAGACUAUUAUCAAAGAAGUCGGUAAGGAAAAUGUGGUCCAAAUUGUCACAGAUAAUGGGUCGGCAUUCAUGAAAGCAGGGAAACAAUUGAUGAAGAAGUAUAACUUAUAUUGGACUCCGUGUGCGGCACACUGCAUCGACUUAAUCUUUGAAGACAUCGGUAAAAGACCCAAUGUUAUCGAGGUGAUAAACAAUGCUCGCAAGAUAACUAACUUCAUUUACAAUCAUGGUUGGUUACUAGCACAAAUGAGAAAGUAUUGUGGUGGAGACAUUGUUCGACCAGGAGCUACAAGGUUUGCUACCAAUUAUAUUGCUCUUGACAGUCUUCUAAAAAAAAGGGCUGAUUUGAAAAAAUUGUUUAUGAGUGAUGAAUGGGCACAACACAAACUCAGUCGAACAAAACUUGGACGAGAAUUGGAGCAAUUAUUGUUUGACCAUACGUAUUGGGACAGAUUGACAAAUAUAGUUUCAUUAUAUGAGCCAUUAUACGUGGUGCUUCGACUUGUGGAUUCUGAAGUUGUUCCCACAAUGCCAUUUGUGUACGAGCUUAUGCACGUGAUGAAAGAGAACCUUAUUCGUCAAGGAGCUGGAGAUUGGAUGUUCAAAAUAAUACAAGAUCGUUGGCAGAAAACACUAAAACAUCCACUUCAUGCAGCAGCAUACUUCUUGAAUCCAAGAUUUCAAUAUAGGCGUGGAGUUGGUAGUGAUCCGGAACUACUUCAAGCUGUCCAUGAUGUUUUUGCAAAAUUAGAUCCAACUACUGAAUCGCUUGGUCAAUUUGGAAAUGAGCUUGUACUUUUUCGAGAUGCAAAAAGAGGAUUCGGUGAUCGAGCGGCAAUUGCAUCAAGGUCAACCAUGGUGCUUGGUGAGUCUUUAUAGGAAAAAAUUGAUUAUUAUUAUUGUAAGUUCACCACAUAAGUAUUUAUAUGAUUAUCAAAUUCGUUGCAGCUGAAUGGUGGUUUAUGUAUGGGAAUCAAACACCUACAUUGAGAAAGUUAGCCAUCAAAGUUCUCUCACAAACUGCGUCAUCUUCUGCAUGUGAGAGAAAUUGGAGCACGUUUGCUCUCAUCCACACAAAGCAACGAAAUCUUUUGGCUUACUCUCGAUUGGAGCAAUUAGUGUUUUGUUACUAUAAUAUGAGGCUAAAGUUACGCGAUAUGGAGACAGAAAAUGAUCGAGUUGCUGAAAAAGAUUACCUUGAUCUCCUUGACAUUUCAGCCGAGGUGGGUGAAGAAGAAGAUAAUCAGUUGUUCCAGUGGGUUAGGCCUAUACACUUGGAUGACGAAGUUGGAAAUCCUGAUCCACGAAUUGCCGCUCAUGCUCGAGAAUUUGGAGUUAAUGUUGAACGUGUGUUGUCCGAAGAAGUUCACUCUGAAAGUUUUAGCAAAGAUACUGAUGAUUCUCUUCAUGCAACAUAUUCCCAGCAAGAGAUUGACUCCACAAGUGCUGGCCAUAGUAGUAGACCUAGUGCUGCAGGUACUUCUGCUUCUGGUUACGAUGGUUCAAGAGGUGGAACUGAUGAUGGAGGUGAUAAUGGGGGAGGAGAUAUUGAUGAACAUCGACAUAGUCAAUAUCCAAUCAACCAAUUUACUUGUGAAAAUGAUUUCACACACUGCACACAGGAUGAAGACCAUGGCUCUAGAAGAGCUGGUCCAGGCAUAAGAGCUAUUGGGAGGCCUUAUAGAGGAAGAGAACGAAUGAUGGAACCAUAUAACAAGGAGUUACUUUCAGGGAGUUUUGAAUCUAUGAGUAUAGGGACUCAAUUUAGUGACUCCUCGAAUGAGGCUAACGUCUACCCUCCUCAUGUGAUGAGUUAUGGUCAACCUUCAAGUUCAAUAGAUGAAGAGUAUGGUAUGUCACAUUAUUCCCCUUCCAGACAAAUGCCAUACCAAAUUCCAUAUCAGAUGGAAGAAGGAUUUGGCGUUAACACAUGGGUGAACUUUGAGUAUCCUAUCCAUGUAGAAGCAGUAGGCAGGACUCAAGAGAUAUAUGCAUGGCAUGUUAGAAUUUAUAACCAAUAUUAUCGAGACUCAUUGACUUGGUACCAAUAUUGUCUCCAACAGCAAGCCGGGGUUCCUUCAUCUAUCAAUCCCAUUGAACCACAUCGAAACUCAUUUUGGUACUAAAGGGACAUUGCAAUGUAAUGUGUACAAAUUAUUGUUAUUUAAUGAAAUGAAGUAUUUGAUGUGA